AUGGCAACUCGCGCAACUCUUGAGUAUACUCCAUUGCCACGUCGCGUUGAGGAGACUGUGGACAAUCUGUUUCUAUCCGACGAACAAAUCAAAGAAGACCUUGCGAAGUUCGUGGACGUAAAGCCUCGCUUGGGAGAUCACGACGGCGACACAGAAAUGAUUGAAGGAGAGACCUUCACACACCACUUUGUUCUUGGACCAGGAGAUGGCGAGGUAGUCCAGUGGCACUAUGUAGAAGCAGGACCUAGGGAUGGCGAGGUGGUUGUUUUCCUUCACGGAAUCCCUGAUGCCUGGUAUCAAUGGCAUAUGCAAAUGGCCAAGCUCGCGAAGACCUAUCGCUGUAUAGCGCCAGAUCUGAAAGGCUACGGGCAGUCUUCAAAGGCUCCUGGUGAUUACCGCCAUGAAGGUGCAGCUGAACAACUCUUCCAGAUGCUCCUUCUGAUCGGGGUGGAGCGUUUCAAUGUUGUCACCCAUGAUAGAGGCACCUGCCAGGCCGAUUUCAUUGCUGCAAAUCAUCCUGAACAUGUUCUCCGGUACGCUCGAGGCGAACAGCACCUGUUCCACUUCAAUCCGCUUCUCGCUCCGCAAGGUGAAAUAUUCAUGAACGCCGCCUACAAUGGUUCGCUGGAUAACCCGAAUAGAAUGGUAGUCUGGGGCCAUGUUAGCCUCGACACCAAACCAAUCCCUGAGCACCAGAUGGCAAGAGUCAUUCAAGAAUUCUCAUACCCGGGUAUACCAAGAGCUGUACCCAGAUAUUUCAAUUCAUCCAGUUUUCGUGCAGAAUGGCUACAGCGGCGAAAGUUUCUCCUAGCUGCAUGGAAGUGUCCUGUACUGAUUCUACAGGGAUACCACAGCAAAACACAACCACGAGAGUUUUACGAGGGUAUCAAUCAAGAGCAUAUGCCAAACGCAAAGUCGGUGAAGGUUCAAUUUCUUCCAGGGGGGCACUUCUGGCCACUCGAAUGUCCUAGCGAGACCACAGACGCCCUUGAACAAUUUUUCAGGAGCUGA